UUGGUUUUCAGGUCUCCUGUGGCAGUGUGGAGGUGGCUCCCUUCACGCUUAGGCCGUGGGUUGCGCUUUUCUUUGGGACUCUGAGGGGUCUCUUCGAGUCGCUUCGUUCGGUGGAGUGUCUCCGAGCUAGUGUAGUUCGGAGUAUCUCUCUCUCUCUCUCUCUCUCUCAUUCCCUCAAUCUCCCUCUCGCUUUUGGCCAUCAUCGGCACUUGUUGCAGGAGUUCGUUGUAGGUACUCGCUGGCUUACUUUCCUUGUGGAGAGCUCGAUCGAACCUCCUGUGGAAAAGAAUCAGUCAAAAAUCUCUUUCGACUUUUCUGGCAACAACUACGCACACUCAGUUGGAGACUGGUCCUCAACAACUCCACAUCUAUUUUUGCUUUCUCCUCUCCUCCAUCUCGGACUUGUCCUUUUUUCCUUACCAACGUCUCGUCUCCAAGUCACCAUUUUUUGACAUUUCACCCCUCUGCUGCCCUCCAUCUCCCCUUGUCCUCUUACCACAACAACUGCCUGACACUCUUUCCCUGAAAUUGUGACCCCAGAGCGCGUCUUCGACCACCAUCGCCAACCAGUAAUAAUAGCAUCUUCCGAUUGUGUUGCCCUCACACAUACCAUCAUUACCAUACGACUCCAACAUCAUCCCGGAUAUCUAUUUCAUUUCUUGAUCUGACAAACUACUCCUGUUCAGCCUUCUUCUUCUUCUUCUUCUUCUUCUUCUCUUUGCCGCACAGGAAGCCAAAUUGCAGUCCAAGAUGUCAUCUCCUAUCAUUUCUAAGCAUGGCUGCUCGUCUUCUUAUACAUGUCGUUGGACGACACCUCGUUUGAGGGACUCGAGCACCGCCAAGAAGCACGUCUCCUCGUGCGUGUAUUCUUCGACUUCGACUUCGUCUUCUUCAGCACCAACAUCGUUCCAGACCCCCGUCAAUGCGUCUUCUUCACCAUCAUCAUCGUCAUCAUCUACAUCUUCCCUACAUGCCGUGUUGAUUACCAGGACUCCUACAAUGUCGUCCACGAGGACUCCAACUUCAUCAACAGCGAGUGCCACUUCCACUCCAAAUGGUAGUGGUGGUUGUUCCUCCUCCUCCUCCUCCUCCUCCUCCUCCUUCUCCUCCGCCUUCUUUUCUGCUCGUCCGUGUUCUACUGGCAACAGCAGAUGGACAAUCAACAGGAAGAGUUGUUGUACGCAACUUGGAUACGCAACGCCAUCCUUAUCCACGGCUGGAUGCCACACCAACCACCAAUUCCUCAUGCCACUCAUGUUGACCCUAACCUACGCCGAUCCCCACCUAUUCUCCAUGUUUAUGGCAAUGGUAGCGGUAGCAGCUACUGCUACUGCCACUGUUGUUGCUGUCGCCAAAUCCGAAUCAUCGACUCCAACUUCAUCAUGCCAACAAUCCCAAGAUACUUCGUCCACGAAGUCCCGAAUCUCAGUUGAGGAUCGUGUGUCCUUGGAAAAGGUUGCAUCAUCACCGAUUCCCCUCGCCAAGACGACGGCAGCAACGACAAUAACAGCAACGAGACCGAAAACAACAACACCUCCGGCAAGAACUUCUUGGGCUCAAAACAACAAUAACAACAUCAUCAUCAUCAGCAACAUCAACAGCCCCAUCAUGACCCGUUGCAAUCAGAACCACACGAUCGUCUCGGACCACCAUCAACAUCGCCAUGAACAUCCCGCCAACGACCAUGCCACUGCUGCCAACAUCAUCGAAGACCAUCCUCAUGACAUUCUCACUCAAGGAAUCCCCGAGUACUUCAGAUUUGCGGACCCCACUGGCGUCUAUGGCAUCCUCGACGAAAUGGACAUCCUCACUCAACGCAUGGAAAACUACCCCAUCAACCUGAUCCUGGCACCUGGAACAUUAGAAAAAAUUCUCUCCAGGAAUAUCUAUCCAACCCAAUGCAAUGAUCAAGCCAACUCUGAGCCCGACAAUCACCGUGUUCUGGAGCUUAUCACCAGAUCUCCAAGUCCUAUUCUGGCCUUUUGAAAGGCUACUAGGAUGACGAAGAAGACAUUUUUCUCCCUCUCAAUCAAGCUGGACGUGACGAUCAUCAUCUCCUAGCCAAGAAACGUACAAAACCUGGAUGAUGAAUGCCUCUCUUCUUUCUGAUGACCUAACUAACCCUAUCUCUUCAGACCUGAUCUGUGAUUAAGCAUCCAACGCCCCGCCGCCGUUACUGUGUCGUUAUCAUCUUUAUUAUCAUUGCUCUUUAGCUGCCAAUUGUAAUCCCAAUAAUGCUGCCAAUUUGUUGGAAUCGUCAAGCGAGAGAACCAAACAAGAAAACGAAGGAAACGCCCCUUCUUCUUGCUCAUCUUCUGCUCAACUUGGAGAACAGAUGCUCGAAAUCAGAGCGAAUGAAAUCUGCUACCAACUUAAAAGAAGGAAACGGAGAAGGAGACGAACUACUUGACGCUUGACGUUGCCUCAAAUACCCAAAUGUUACAGGUUGAUGAUUGUGUUCAUAUUUGUUAAUUUUGAUCACCUAGGUAGUUUUCCAUUCUACAAAGUUAGAUGAAAUAUAUUUAAUAGCCAAA